AGCAGCCCCCUCUUCUCGCAAUGUCUAUGAUGUGAUCCGCUGGUGUCUCUAAUGCUGCCUAAAUCCAGUCUAUUUCUUCUCAUCACCUGCAUCCCCCUUUAUAUAGCCCUCGGAUCCGUCGUCUUUCCUUCACUAUCCAUUCCAACCCUGUCUCAGUUACUCAGACUCGCUAAAGCCAAUUUGCGAAACAAGUUUUUUUCUCAGUCGCUGUCUACUUCCAUUGAACACCAAUCCACUAUGUCAUCUACAAAGGUUAUUCCCCGUCGCAGCGAGCAGCGUGGACACGCAGACCACGAAUGGCUCAAGACGUUUCACACAUUCUCAUUCGCCAUGUAUCAGGACUCUCAACACCAAAAAUUCGGUGCCCUACGAGUUAUGAACGAAGACCGUGUCGAGGCCAAAACCGGCUUCGGAACACAUUCUCACCGCGAAUUCGAGAUAUUCUCAUACGUAGUCGCUGGAGAACUGGAGCAUAAAGAUUCCAUGGGAAACAUCGAGGUCCUGAAACGCGGCGACCUCCAGCUCACGUCCGCAGGAACAGGCAUUUCGCACUCGGAAAAGGCUCACGGAUCACAACAAGUGCACUUCCUGCAGAUCUGGUCGCUGCCUUCCAUCCCACGCCUACCACCAAAGUAUUUCACUCGUCAUUUCACCGACGCCCAGAAAACGGACAACUUUGUUCGAAUUGUUGCACCUGUCAAUGCCGAAGGAGUGCAGAAGGACAGGAGGGAGGGCGAUGGGCCGGCACCGGUCAACAGCCCGCUGACGCUCUAUGCGACACUUUUGUCGCAGGGAAAGACGUUGACGCAGGCUAUGAACGGAAGGAAGGGGUACGUCCAUGUGGUGCAGACAGGCGGGUACAAUCCUGGCCAGGCCACUGGUGCUACUAUAAAGGUUGGCGGCGCAGCGGGUCCGGAGGAAACGUUGAAGGAGGGUGACGGUGCUUACCUCUUCAUCGGAGACGGCCAAAUCAAGGUUGAGAACAUUGGCGACAAGACGGCAGAAAUCCUAUUAUUCGAUCUAGAGUAAUUUGUACAUUUUUAAUCCUGACAGCAUUCCACGAUACUUUU